AUGGUCGCCAAAUCAACACUUACCGGUUUAACCGGCACAACAGGAUGGACUGGAACAACGGGAUGGACUGGAACGAGGACUGGGACGAGCCAGACCAGGUCUUCCAUGACUUACGACGGUCCUCCGCCUUCUACUCAUGUACGAACAUACAACUGGCCUCCUUGGCAGCUGAACUUUUGGAUCUUUGUGAUCCUCCUCGCGUCAACAAGCAUCAUUGGCGUUUUUGCGACAUUCGUACAAGUGCAAAAUCAACUCGAACUCGGCAUCCCAUGGUACUUCCCCUACUUCAUCACCGUCGGUGGUCUCUCGAUCCUCUUCAUUCUCGGCAUUUUCUGGCUCAUUGGCCAGCGACGACUACUCCCCGCGAUCGUCAUGGUCGGCGGCUUCAUGUUCUUUAUACUAUGGCUUGUUGGACUUGUCGUGGUUGCGAUACAGCUGUUUGGGCCUGAUGGGUCUAUCCAGAGUGUCUGCGACGUGCAAGUCUUUGGUAGGAAUCCCAAGGGUACGGGCGAGGCGACUAUGGCAUGGCUCCAACAGCGAAACAUCUGUCAAUCGUGGCAGCUUGUUUUCGCAAUGGCCCUUACGGGAACUGUCUUCUUCAUCUGGGUUAUGAUCAUGGCCUAUCAAGUGUUCGUCAACUCAUAA